CAAUAAUCAUCAACAACAACAACAACAACAGUCGUUAUUUACAAAUUCAAUGGCACCAUUCUUUUUUUCACAUAUGUUUCCUGGUAGUGGUGGCCCGGGUGGUGGCCCAAAUCAACCAUUUUCACCAACAACAGCAGCAAUGUCGAAUGCAAUUUUAAAUGGCCUACCAGUUAUUGGUACACAUUCUGGUCCAAGAAUUUUUAAUCCUGAAGCAUAUUGUGAAUUAUGUAAUAAAGAAUUUUGCAAUAAAUAUUUUCUUAAAACACAUAAAGCUAAUAAACAUAAUAUUUAUACACCUGAAACAAGUAAUAAUAAUAAUCCAUCAGGUAGUUCAUCUACCAAUAAUCAAACAUUACAACCGCCAUUUCAACCACCAUUACGUUUAAGUUUAAAUAUGAAUAUGAUAAAUUUAGAUUCAUUUUGUGAAAUAUGUCAAAAAGAAUUUUGUAAUAAAUAUUUUCUAAAAAAACAUAAACAACGUACACAUGGUUUUAUUUAUCAAGGUGAUACACCCAUUCCACCUAGUCAUAAUUCACCACAAAUGCAACAAUUACAACAAUUACAAUUAUUACAUCAACAAUUAGCAGCGCAACAUCAUCAACAACAACAAUAUGUUAAUAAUCAACAACAACAACAACAAUCAAAUAAUAAUAAUAAUAAUGGUGAUAAUUCUGGCGAUAAUAAAACAUCCGUUACAGGAGGAAGAUUAUCAACUAGUCCAUCACCUUCAUCUGGUCAUCAUCAACCGCAUUCGCAUCAUCAUUCAUCAUUAUCACCAUCACCAUCAUCAUUGACGGAUAAGUCAAUUUUAAUGAAUUCCAAUCCAGUCACAUCAUCUAUGAAUACGGGUAUUUCAACGAAUGAAUCGACAGCGACAACAGCAACAACAAGUCCAAUUGGUCUGCCCGGUUUUCCUCACACUACAGCAAAUCCUACACAACUUUUAUUAACACCCGAACGUUUAAGACAGAUGGGCGUUAUAAAUACUGAAGCAUUUUGUGAAAUUUGUUGUAAAGAAUUUUGUAAUAAAUAUUUUUUACGUACACAUAAAAUUAAUAAACACCGGAUUUCGGAAAAUGGACAACCAGUGAUUGGAAAAUAUCCAAAUCAUCAACCGCUAUCAGCAUUCAAUCAAUCGAUGGCUAAUGAAUUUAUUGCUGCACGGCAGCAGAUGUUUGGUAUUGGUGGUGGUGGUUCGCCGUCAGCGACCUCUAUGGCCAAUAAUUUUCCCGGUAUGUUUGCCAAUGCCAAUAUCAAUAAUGCGACGGCUACAACAAAUGAUAAUGAUGAUGAUGAUGAUGAUAAUAAUCAACUUGAACCUGGACAACGUGAUCCAACUAGUUAUGGUAAAAAUGGUAAUAAUUUUUUAGAUGGUUUUGCAUCAUUUAUGGCCAAUAAUAUUCAUUAUAACAACAACAAUCUUAAUAACAACAACAACAACAAUUCAUCAUUGAUUGAUGGCCAAACGACAAAUCAAAUGAUAAAAUGUAAACAUUGUCAACAAAAAUUUCAUAAUAAUCAUUUAUUGAAAAUGCAUAAAUUCUAUGCACAUAAUAUACCAUUCAAUCAUACGGAUGAUCAAGAUGAUCUCGACGGUGAUGGUCAAGACCGGGUUAAAAUUGAUUCAAAGCAAGAUUCUAAAUCAUCUGAUUUAACAGAUUUACGAAAAAAAUCAAUCAAAAAAGAUGAUAAUGAUGAAAUGAAACAAGAAGAAGAAGAUGAUGAGGAAGAAGAAAAAGCAAUUCUUGUUGAAUCUGAUAUUACUGAAUGUGUGGAUGAUGAUGAUGAUUCGAAUGAUUCGAAUGAUGGUGAUGAACAAAUGAAAAAUCACCGGAAAAAUUCAGAAUCAUUAACCCUUAAUGAUCAUCAUCACCAGAAUCAAACAAAUGAAAAUGAUUUAGAAAAACUACAUUCAAUGAUUAAAGAAUUGGAUGAUUCAAAUGAACAACAACAACUAAUGUUAAGUGAUCAACAACAACAACAACAACAACAACAAAGAGAACGACAACAACAAAAAUGUAAAUUAUGUAAAUUUCAAUGUAAUAAUCAAUAUAUAUUUCGUGCACAUUUGAUUACUGAACAUGGUUUAGGCAGUGUUAGUGGCGAUGAAACAACAUUUUUACAACAAUUUAUUGAUUAUCAUCAAACAUCACCUGCAUUGAAAUCAUUAUCAUCAUCGUUUGAACAACGGGAAAAAUUUCCAAUUGACAAUGUUGUUGAUGAUGAACAACGUGAACAUGAACAAAGUGAACUUGAACAACAACAAAAAUCCGAAAUAUUUUGUAAUAUUUGUAUGAAAGAAUUUUGUAGUAAAUAUUUUCUACAAAUACAUCGACAAAAUAUUCAUGGAAUUUUUAAUGAUGAUAAUAUCAGUGAUUCACCACCUCAGCCACAAUUAUCACCAUCAUCAAAUCAUCAAUCGACAACAACAACGACAAGCGAAACAACAACAACAACAACAACAACGACGACUAAAUCAACAACAUCGACGACAAAUUCAUCAUUUUUAUCACCAGCAUUAUUGAAUUCAUUUUAUCAACAAGCAGGAAUGAAAACCUCAUCGGAAUCAUCGUCGGAAUUGGAAAAUUUAAAUCUUGCUUUAAGUCAGGUUUUUGGUCGUCGAAUAAAAUCCGAACGAUCAUCAUCAUCACCACGGUCAAAUUCAUCAUCAUCAUCGCCAUCACCAAGACCCGAUCAAAAGACAAAAACGAAUAGCAAUUCGGAAACCAACAACAACAACAACAACAAUGAUAACGAUAAUGAAAUGAUGAAAUUUUCUGAAAACGAAGAUGGUGAUGAUGAUGAUAAUGUAACAACAUUGGCUGAAACAAUAAAAGCAGCAAUGGUAGCUGGUUUUGUACCCGGUACAUUUGGUGUUAAUAGUGGCGGUGAUCAUCAUCAUCAUCAUUCGGGACAAUUAAAAAAUCGUUCAAAUUCAAUAAUAACCGGCCGAAAUUAUUGUAAUUUUUGUAAUAAAGAAUUAUGUAAUAAAUAUUUUAUGAAAACACAUAUGCUUAAAAUGCAUGGUAUUAAUAUUGAUGAACAUCCAAUUGAAGCAACUUCAAAUAGUACGAUUGGUGGUGUACAAUGUGAUAUUUGUCAAAAAGAAUUAUGUAGUAAAUAUUUUUUAAAAGUACAUAAACAAAAUACACAUGGUAUUUAUGAAGAUGGUAGUGCACCAAUAUUACUUGGACCAACAUCAUCAGCAGUAUUUCAUCAUCAAGCUAAUAAAUUAAUGAUGUCACAGGUAGCUGCGAAUUUAUUCAAUAAUAAUAACAAUAAUGGCAAUGGUAAUAAUAAUGUAACGAAUGAACGUAUUGUUAACCCUUUACUAUUCAUGUCAUCAUUGGCAUCAAUGAAUGAUACAAAUAGUAUGGCAAGCGAUUCAAAUAGUAUUGGUUCAAUGAAUAGUGAUACAAAACCUGAUCAACAACAGCAUCAACGUGAUCAACAACAUUCACCAUCACAGCAACAACAAGAUGAUCAUAAUAAUUCGACGACAGGUAAUAAGUCAAGUGGUAGUACGGGUUAUCAAGAAAUUUGUCAUAUUUGUGAUCGUCGUUUUAAAUCAAUAAAAUGGCUUAAAGCACAUAUGUUUAAUGAUCAUGGUGAAUUAUUAGCUAUUAUGAAUCGUAAUGAUUUUCAAUCAUCUUCGAUGUUUAAUUCCAGUGGUGAUUAUCGUCUUUGUUUUGUUUGUGGACAAACAUUUUCGGAUAUUUUAUCAAUGCAAAUGCAUCUAAUGAAAGAACAUAAAAUAUCACCCGAAGAAAUGGCUAUAAAUUUAGCUGGUAAUUUUAAAAUGGCUGCUAUGAUGGCUGCUGCUGCUGCAGCAGCAGCUGCUAAUGCUAACGCAUCCGUCACUGAUUCAAAAAAUGCUACCGAUUCAAAUAUCUAUCCCGAUUUAUCAUCAAUGAAUUUGGAUAAUAAUAAUUUAACAACAUCAUCAUCAACAUCGACAACUGAUCAUCAUCAUCAUCCGCAUCAGCAUCAUCAUCAGGAACCAAUAUCAUCAUCAACACCGCCACUACCACUGCCACCACCAUCAUCAUCAUCACCAUAUCCGGAUAUAAUGACAAAAGAAAAAGAUUUUGAUGAUGAUUGUUUGAUGCCAAACAACAACGAUAACAAUGUUGGUAGUAAUAAUAAUAAUCCAUUAUCAUUUCUACAGAAUCCAGCAUUUCAAAAUCUUUUGCUAAAGAAUCCAGGAUUAUUGGCUGCAGCAGCAGCAGCUGCUGCUGCUGCUUCUUCUUCCACUUCCACUACUGCCAAUCAAUCGGAUCAAUUAUUAUCGACAAUAUUCGGUGCAAUCACUGGUAGUGGUGGUGGUGGUAUGAUGAAUGAAAAAUCAAAUAAUAAUAAUAAUUCUAGUCCAAUUGAAUCACCAUUGAUUGAUUUUAAUACCGGUGUUAGUGGUGAUAAUGGUGGUGUUAAUGAAAAAGUAACUCAGCUGAAAAAAUUUACCUGUCCACAAUGUAAUCGUAGUUAUCGUCAUUCACAUUCAUUACAUCGUCAUAUGUUGAUUCAUACGAAAACAGCUAAAUCAUCGCCACCACCAGUAUCGCAAGAAACAUCAUCUUCAAACAUCCAUAAUAACCAAAUAGAUAAUGAUAAUAAACCAAGAAACAAAAGAUAUCGUUGUUCAAAAUGUAAUAAAAAAUUUCGUACACGUGAAUUAUGUUUAUAUCAUAUACGUAUGUUUCAUCAGAAUAAUUGUAAAACAUCAUCGACAACAACGGUGGUAAAUAAUCUUGAUAAUAAUAAAUCAAUGAAAAAACGUAAUACCAUCAAUGAAAAUGUACAACGAUCACCAUCAAGUGAUGAUGAUUUUGGUCAUCAUCGUCGAGAUUUACCAUUAAAUCUACAAACGGCCAGCGAUGAUAUUGAUGAUAGUGAUCGAUUGUUUGAUGAUCCUGCGAUUGAUAAUCAUGAUGAUAAUAGCAAUAAUGAUAAUAAUAUCACCCAACAACAACAAA